CAGCCAGCGACGCUGUCAAGCUCGCGCACAUUGAUCAGUGUCGAGACCCUGAGCGAAAGGGCUGUACGAACGCUGAAACGUACCACAUCUAUUGCUUCUGCAAUAUCCACAAUCAACAGCUUUGAAUUGACCUUAAAUAUGUCUAGCAUCGUCUACUGUCAAACAGAUCAGGUUAUAAUGCAUGACCAGCACAGAAAAGGUUUGAGUCUAUAGCCAACGGGACACCUGAGGACUUGAUUGCAGUCACUCUAAGCCUGAGAGUUUGAGUCACCUCUGCCCCCCUUAACGUGCCCACUGGUUGCCUGGAUUUGCCUUGUCUACCCACUUUGUAGUGAAGGAAGACCUAGGCACUCCCAGGUUCAGCUUCACUAAAGCCUUUUCACGCAUUUCCAAAAGACAACUAUCUGCCCCAGACGUACGUCAUUCAGUAUUAGCACAGGCAAAAUUUCAAAAUCAGGCAAAAAUGAUUCCCAACGGAUAUUUGAUCUUUGAGGACGAAAGUUUCCUUGAUUCCACCGUGGCCAAGAUGAAUGCGCUUAGAAAGAACGGCCAGUUCUGUGACGUGAGGCUUCAGGUAUGCGGUCAUGAGUUGAUGGCUCACCGGGCUGUGCUUGCCUGCUGCAGUCCGUACCUGUUUGAGAUCUUUAACAGCGACCUGGAGCCUCAUGGCAUCUCCCAUGUGAAGUUUGAAGAUUUGGACCCUGAAGCUGUGGAGAUCCUUCUCAACUAUGCUUACACUGCCCAGUUGAAGGCAGAUAAAGAACUGGUUAAGGAGGUUUACUCCGCAGCGAAACGACUCAAAAUGGAUAGAGUGAAGCAGAUCUGUGGUGACUACCUACUCUCUAAGAUGGAUUCCCAGAGUGCCAUCUCCUAUCGUAAUUUUGCCAGCUGCAUGGGAGAUGCGCGCCUACUGGGCAAGAUCGACAGUUACAUCCAGGAGCAUCUUUUUGAGGUGUCGGAGCAGGAGGACUUCCUCAAGCUGCCACGCCUUAAGUUGGAGGUGAUGCUGGAGGAUAACCUGACCUUGCCCAGUAAUGGGAAACUGUACUCUAAGGUGAUUGGCUGGGUGCAACGCAGCCUGUGGGAAAACGGUGAACACCUGGAGCGACUGAUGGAGGAGGUGCAAACGCUGUACUAUUCGGCUGAUCACAAGCUGCUCGAUGGGAGCCUGCUUGAUGGGCAGGCUGAGAUGUUCGGCACUGAGGAUGACCACAUCCAGUUUGUGCAGAAGAAGCCCCCACGUGAGAAUGUAUACCGACAGCCGAGCACCAGCUCCUCCGUCAGUCUCUCCCCCGGAACCGCAAAACAGUCCUACAAGCAGGAGUGGAAAUAUAUUGCUUCAGAGAAGAUCACCAACAGUACAUAUCUGUGUCUGGCCGUGUUGAAUGGCAUGCUGUGCGUGAUCUUUUUGCAUGGGCGCAGCAGUCCCCAGGCCUCCCCCUCUGCCACACCUUGCCUAACCAAGAGCCUGAGCUUUGAGAGCCAGCCACUGGAAGAGGAGCAGGACAAGCUGCUGGCACCUAUGCACUAUGCUCGCUCCGGCCUGGGCACUGCUGCUCUCAAUGGCCGACUCAUCGCAGCAGGGGGCUACAACCGUGAGGAGUGCCUGAGGACUGUGGAAUGUUACGACCUGAAGACUGACAGCUGGACUUUCAUCGCUCCCAUGAGGACUCCACGGGCUCGAUUUCAGAUGGCUGUGCUGAUGGGUCAGCUUUAUGUGAUGGGUGGGUCCAAUGGACAUUCUGACGAAUUGAGUUGUGGAGAGACAUACAAACCCAAUACUGAUGAGUGGAGUCAAGUGCCAGAGCUGAGGACCAAUCGCUGCAAUGCAGGUGUCUGCUCUCUGAACAACAAGCUGUUUGUUGUUGGGGGAUCAGAUCCAUGUGGACAGAAAGGUCUGAAGAACUGUGAUGUUUUUGACCCUGUGAGCAAGGCCUGGACCAGUUGUGCCCCAUUAAACAUCAGGAGGCAUCAGGCUGCUGUGUGUGAGUUGGAUGGCUUUAUGUACGUGAUUGGUGGAGCAGAGUCAUGGAACUGUCUGAACAGUGUGGAGCGUUAUAACCCAGAAAACAACACCUGGACCCUCAUUGCCCCAAUGAACAUAGCCCGCAGAGGAGCUGGAGUGGUCGUCUAUGAAUAUAAACUCUUUGUUGUCGGUGGCUUCGAUGGCUCCCAUGCCUUGCGUUGUGUUGAAGUGUACGACCCUUCCCGGAACGAAUGGAGGAUGCUGGGUAGCAUGAACUCACCACGCAGCAAUUCUGGUGCGGCCGUGCUUGGUGACAUGAUCUACGCCGUUGGUGGCUUUGAUGGAAAUGACUUCCUCAACUCAAUUGAGGCCUACAACCCUAAAACAGACGAAUGGAGUCCUUGUGCAGAUGCCUCCAACAAUUCCUAAGAGCCAGGGGUUUGGGAAUCAUGCGGGGGGGUCGUCUCACUCAAACUAACAGGCUUAGUGAUGUAAUCGUGCUUUGUGAUGUCCUGUAUGUAUGCGGGUGGGUGGAUCUUGAAAGGUGUAGAGAAUGGGAUGGAUGGGGGGGUGGGGGGGUUCUUCACUGAAGUCACCCAGGAGACCGAAUUUUCUUACAGCGUUUGGGGGGGGGGGUUGCUGAUAGCAACAUUAAGCCUUUGCAUAUUGCAUACUUUAUUUUUUGUGUUGUGUAUAUAUUGUUGUUUAAUUUUUCUUUCAAUCUUUGUUUCAUCAAGGAUGCCAACAUUUAUUGCACAUUAAGUGUACCCUUUUGAAUUGAGUAGUUUAUGAAUUUUAUCAGGAAAGGAUUGUCAGAGUUGAAGAUAGGAUUGGCUGGUUGAACCCAUUAGGAAGUGAUUCAGGUUGAAUUAGUGUUUCUAUGCUUUAUCAAGUGAUAUUUAGCUCAAUAAAUGUAAAGCGCCAUGCUUAUACAAAGCCUUAUUUUGCAAAAUGAUUAAAUACAUGGCUUUCCUUUUGUCAUUAGCUGUGAUGCAGAAUUACUGUACCAAUCUUUAAAGAUGGCCUUUUUUAUAUUUUUGAUACACUGCUAAGGAACCAGUAGAUACGUAGUUUGACAAGCUAGCAAACGCACAACACUCAUGAGGUUAUAAACUUUAAAUCAGUGCCAGUUUAGUUAGACUUUAACAUGCGUAUAGGUGAUCAUGCUUUAGUGCUAAUUAGGUCUUUUUGUUACCAUUUUUGACAGAUUCAUGCUGUGAGACGAUGCUUUUUUUCUUAACACCUCUUUUUAAAUUUCCUGUAUAGCAUUUGGAAGCGACAGAGUUUUUUGGCUCCAAGGUUUUGUUUUCUCAAGAAGAAAUUUCUGUUAUGAGCUGAUAUUUACUUACUAAUAAACCAUUUCAACCUG